AUGGGAGCAUCCAUUGGCAGUGCUCGCGGUGCUGCUUUAAGUGCUCGUCAUGCUGCCGCAGGAGCUCCUCCUCCUGCCUCCCGUGCAUCUCCUGCCGCUCUUUCUGUUCCUCCAGGAGCACCUCUUUCCGUUUCAGAUACAACACCUCCUGCUCCUGCUGUUCCCUCAGGAGCAACUCUUUCUGCUUCAAGUGUGUCUCUUGCUGCUCCUUUUUUUCCCUCAGGAGCAGCUCUUUCUGUUUCAGGUGAGCCUCCUCCUCCUUCAGGAGAAUCUCCUCCUGCCUCAGGUGCUCCUUCUCUGUUGCCUUCAGGUGCUUCCUCAGGUUGCAUCGGCAGUCUCUCCUCCCCACAAAAUGAUGCACCUUCCUAUUCAGGUACCUCUUCUGCUCCCUCAGGUGGCCUUUCAGAGGGGAGAGGGUUCUCCCUCCCCCUCUCCCUCCCCCUCUCCCUCCCCCUCUCCCUCCCCCUCUCCCUCCCCCUCUCCCUCCCCCUCUCCCUCCUUAUCUCCCUCCUCUUCUCCCUCUCCUUCUCCCUCUUCUUCUUCUUCUUCUUCCUCUUGUUCUCCCUCCUCUUCCCUCUUCUCUUCUCCCUCCCUCCUUCCUCCUCCACCAACGUUGCCCUCCCCUCGCACCGGCACCACUGCCUUCCCCAAACUACCCUCAUUCCCACCAAGGGGUACCUCUACUCCUUCCGCUGUCCCCCUCCCUUCCCCACCAUCGCUGCCCUUCCCAUGAAGCGGCAUCGCUAG